UGCCCUUUAAAAGGGCUGUACCAUGCUCCUCUCCCGCUCGAGUCUACUCUUUCCCCUCUCAUCAUCUCGCUCCCUCCUCUGCAAGCACAAGCAGCCGACCAGACUUGGACUUUUUAUAUCGUGUCCUGCCACUGUUAGAUCAGGGUCCCUCUCUCCUAUACCCUCACAACGAGCACACUUCUCCCACAGCUCUACCCAGCUCAGAAAGAUGGAGAUCGAACUCACUGCCCCCAACGGCAAGAAGUGGUCUCAGCCCGUUGGCCUCUUCAUCAACAACGAGUUUGUCAAGUCUAGCAAUGAACAGAAGAUCACCUCUAUUAACCCCUCAACUGAGGAGGAGAUCUGUUCCGUCUAUGCUGCCACGGUAGACGAUGUCGACCUGGCCGUCGCCGCGGCGCGUAAGGCUCUGAAGGACCCUUCGUGGAAGGGUCUCUCCGGCACCGAGCGUGGCCGGCUGAUGAACAAGCUCGCUGACCUCGUCGACGCCAACCGUGAGAUCCUGGGCGCCGUCGAGGCCCUCGACAACGGUAAGCCCUACACCACCGCCCGCGAUGAGGACGUCGGUGAGGUUGUGUCCGUGCUCCGGUACUACGCCGGUUACGCCGACAAGAACUUUGGCCAAGUCAUCGACGUCGGCCCCGGCAAGUUCGCCUACACUCUCAAGCAGCCCAUCGGCGUCUGCGGCCAGAUCAUCCCUUGGAACUACCCGCUCGGCAUGGCCGGCUGGAAGCUCGGCCCGGCCCUGUGCUGUGGCAACACCGUCGUCCUGAAGCUCGCAGAGCAGACGCCUCUGUCCAUGCUCGUCGUGGGCAACCUCAUCAAGGAGGCAGGCUUCCCACCAGGCGUUAUCAACAUUAUCAACGGAUACGGACGGGAAGCUGGAGCUGCGCUUGUGAAGCAUCUCGACGUCGACAAGGUCGCCUUUACAGGUAGCACCGCGACGGGCAAGGAGAUCAUGAAGAUGGCUUCGGGCACGAUGAAGAACAUCACCCUCGAGACUGGCGGCAAGUCCCCGCUGAUCGUCUUCGAGGACGCUGACCUGGACCUCGCCGCUACCUGGUCGCACAUCGGUAUCAUGAGCAACCAGGGCCAGAUCUGCACGGCUACCUCGCGCGUGCUCGUCCAGGAGAGUGUCCUCGCUGCCUUCGUGGAGAAGUUCAAGGCCAUCAUCGAGAAGAUCUCCGUGGUUGGCGACCCAUUUGACGAAUCUACCUUCCAGGGCCCCCAGGUCACCAAGGCUCAGUAUGACCGCGUCCUCAGCUAUAUCAAGUCUGCCAAGGACGAGGGUGCCACCAUCGCCCUCGGCGGUGAGCCAGCGCCCCAGAAGGGCAAGGGAUUCUUCGUCAGCCCCACCGUCUUCACCGACGUCAAGCCCACCAUGAAGGUCUAUCGGGAGGAGAUCUUUGGGCCCUGCGUGUCCGUCAUCAGCUUCAAGACUGAGGAGGAGGCCAUCGCCCUGGCCAACGAUACCACCUACGGGCUCGGCUCCGCGCUCUUCACCAAGAACCUGACCAAGGCCCACAGGGUAGCCGCUGAGAUCGAGGCCGGCAUGGUAUGGAUCAACAGCAGCAACGACUCGGAUGUGAGGAUCCCCUUUGGUGGCGUGAAGCAGUCUGGUAUCGGGCGGGAGCUGGGCGAGGCUGGUCUCGCCAGUUAUUACAACGUCAAGGCCGUACACCUGAACAUGGAAUCAUGAGCUUUGUGUGAGAAAGAGCCUGAGGGAUGCUGCUGGAAGUAAAUCUGAUGAAGCUAUUUACGAGCUAAGAAUGCCUGUUAAGACCACCCACGAGGAUCUUGUACACGAUAGCGAUAUAGAAAUUAAAUAAAAUAAAAAUUCUCUGCAAAUG